GGCGCCAGCCCCCCACCUGUCAGCAGGUGCACGACAGUGUUCCUGAUCCUCUCACACAGGGCGCUGGGCGCCAGCCCCCCACCUCUCAGCAGGUGCACGACGGUGUUCCUGAUCCCCAACCACAGGGUGCUGGGCGCCAGCCCUCCACCUGGUGCUGGGCGCCAGCCCCCCACCUGUCAGCAGGUGCACGACAGUGUUCCCGAUCCCCCCCCACAGGGCGCCAGCCCCCCACCUGUCAGCAGGUGCACGACAGUGUUGCCGAUCCCCCCCCACAGAGCGCCAGACCCCCACCUCUCAGCAGGUGCACGACAGUGUUCCCGAUCCACCCUCACAGGGCGCCAGCCCCCCACCUGUCAGCAGGUGCACGACAGUGUUGCCGAUCCCCCCCCACAGAGCGCCAGACCCCCACCUCUCAGCAGGUGCACGACGGUGUUCCCGAUCCACCCCCACAGGGCGCCAGCCCCCCACCUGUCAGCAGGUGCACGACAGUGUUCCCGAUCCCCCCCCACAGGGCGCCAGCCCCCCACCUCUCAGCAGGUGCACGACAGUGUUCCCGAUCCACCCCCACAGGGCGCCAGCCCCCCACCUGUCAGCAGGUGCACGACAGUGUUCCCGAUCCCCCCAAACAGGGUGCCAGCCCCCCACCUCUCACAAGUGGACGACGGGGUUCCUGAUCCCCCCCACAGGGCACCAGGCGCCAGCCCCCCACCUCUCAGCAGGUGCACGACAGUGUUCCCGAUCCCCCCCUACAGGCCGCCAGCCCCCACCUCUCAGCAGGUGCACGACAGUGUUCCCGAUCCCCCCCCACAGGGCGCUGGGCGCCAGCCCCCCACCUGUCAGCAGGUGCACGACGGUGUUCCUGAUCCCCCCCCACAGGGCGCUGGGCGCCAGCCCCCCACCUGUCAGAAGGUGCACGACGGUGUUCCCGAUCCCACCCCCACAGGGAGCCAGCCCCCCACCUCUCAACAGGUGCACGACGGUGUUCCCGAUCCCCCCUCACAGGGUGCCAGCCCCCCACCUGUCAGCAGGUGCACGACAGUGUUCCCGAUUCCCCCCAACAGGGCGCCAGCCCCCACCUCUCAGCAGGUGCACGACGGGGUUCCUGAUCCCCCCCACAUGGCACCAGGCGCCAGCCCCCCACCUCUCAGCAGGUGCACGACAGUGUUCCCGAUCCCCCCAAACAGGGUGCCAGCCCCCCACCUCUCACAAGUGGACGACGGGGUUCCUGAUCCCCCCCACAGGGCACCAGGCGCCAGCCCCCCACCUCUCAGCAGGUGCACGACAGUGUUCCCGAUCCCCCCCCACAGGCCGCCAGCCCCCACCUCUCAGCAGGUGCACGACAGUGUUCCCGAUCCCCCCCCACAGGGCGCUGGGCGCCAGCCCCCCACCUGUCAGCAGGUGCACGACGGUGUUCCUGAUCCCCCCCACAGGGCGCUGGGCGCCAGCCCCCCACCUGUCAGAAGGUGCACGACGGUGUUCCCGAUCCCACCCCCACAGGGAGCCAGCCCCCCACCUCUCAACAGGUGCACGACGGUGUUCCCGAUCCCCCCUCACAGGGCGCCAGCCCCCCACCUGUCAGCAGGUGCACGACAGUGUUCCCGAUUCCCCCCAACAGGGCGCCAGCCCCCCACCUCUCAGCAGGUGCACGACGGGGUUCCUGAUCCCCCCCACAUGGCACCAGGCGCCAGCCCCCCACCUCUCAGCAGGUGCACGACAGUGUUCCCGAUCCCCCCCUACAGGCCGCCAGCCCCCACCUCUCAGCAGGUGCACGACAGUGUUCCCGAUCCCCCCCCACAGGGCGCUGGGCGCGGGCCCCCACCUCUCAACAGGUGCACGACGGUGUUCCCGAUCCCACCCCCACAGGGAGCCAGCCCCCACCUCUCAACAGGUGCACGACGGUGUUCCCGAUCCCACCCCACAGGGUGCCAGCCCCCACCUCUCACAGGUGCACGACAGUGUUCCCGAUCCCCCCCCACAGGCCGCCAGCCCCCACCUCUCAGCAGGUGCACGACAGUGUUCCCGAUCCCCCCCCACAGGGCACUGGGCGCCAGCCCCCCACCUGUCAGCAGGUGCACGACGGUGUUCCCGAUCCCACCCCCACAGGGUGCCAGCCCCCCACCUCUCAACAGGUGCACGACAGUGUUCCCGAUUCCCCCCAACAGGGCGCCAGCCCCCCACCUCUCACAGGUGCACGACAGUGUUCCCGAUUCCCCCCAACAGGGCGCCAGCCCCCCACCUCUCACAGGUGCACGACGGGGUUCCUGA